AUGACAUUCAUUAAUUCAAAAGGAUUCUUCUUGACUCCGUUUGAUUAUUCGAUUCCAAAAGAUGUUCGUUACAAAAUUUUCAAAAUUGGUCAGAAAGAAGCUAAUAAGAACAAAUCACACGAUAUAUACGUUAAAAACCGCAACGGAAUGACAGAAUUUUACAAAAUUGUUUUAAAAAAUAUUGGCUCAGGAAUUACACAAUGCAAUGUAUUUCAUGUCAUAACACAUUGUUUAGAUUCACCAUACCAUGUCACAGUUCCCGGAUCAAUUUAUUUCUUAACUUAUGAUAAUAUCAGAAAAUCUUUAGUUGCUGACGUCGAAUUAGACAAAGACUUGAAUCCAUCUGUUUCUUUUAACAUGGUUAUUGAUAGGCAUCCAUGCCAUCUUACUAUUAGACCAGGAAGCGACAAACAAAUAGCAUUUGGCAGGCAAUCAAUGGAAAUUGGUCGAUUCAUGGGUAUCCACUAUGAGAUAUUCAAGAAUGGUGUUACUUCUAAACCAAAUUUCUCCAAAUAUGUUGAGAUUUUACGGGAAUCAUAUCAAAGAUUGAAUUAUUCAGCUAUUGGUGUCUACAUUGUUCAGAACAAUGAAACAGUUCCUGUUUGUCUAUUCUCACAAGACUGGUUACGGCCGGAAUUAGACAUUUUAAUCUCCAAAUUAGAUAAAAGUCAAGUUAUCAAUGGAGUUACAGCCAGAACUAGUUUAUCACAAGUUCGCAUCACGAUGCAUACAAUUGUUGUUGAAGAAACAACGUAUUUGAUGGUAUUUGCAGCAGAUAUCUCUUCAUCAAUUCUUAGAUCAAUCAUAGAACUGAUCCAAACCAUUACAUCAUUGAUUACUAUACAUCACCAUACACAGAUCUGCACAAGAGAGCUUUCUACCGAUUUCACACACAUUUCACAUGUUGUUGACACAUCCAAAAAAUUGUGUAUUUUUGAGACGAUCGACGAUGAACUUAUUUGGUCGCAAGGAUAUCUUUACGACAGAAAAUUCAACAAAGAAAUGUUCAAUGCAAUCAAAACACGUACAUUCGAAGCUCUUCAAAUGAAAGUUGGUGAAUGCAAAUCUAUUGUUGUUCCUAUGUGGGAAUCAUCAAAUGACAGACGUUUUAUUAAUAUUUGUGCAAGAAAAAGUUAUUCUAAUAUUCAUAAUUGUGAAGUUGUCACUUUUAUUGCAUUAGAUGUUAGUAAUGAAUAUAAUUCAGGUAUUUUUGAUAAUUUUAAGCUUAUGAAUGGAAUUAUUUUUGGUGUUUUGCAUGAUAUGUCACGUGUUCGUGGUGAUGAUUUCACAAUAGAAACAAGUCCUCCUAUCAAACGAUAUUUGGGUGAAAUUCCAUCAUCAGAUUUCUCAGUUAUUACUAAUUUGACUGAAUCUAAACAACUUAAUUCAUUCAUCGAACGAAAGCAGAGUGAAGUUCGAAUAAUUAAGUCUAACGGUCUUCCUUUCAUUGUUGAAACAGUUCCAUUAGGAAAUAACGGUGAUUUCGCAUUUUAUCCAGCGAAACCACUUAUGAAAGCGAUUCCACAGUUCUUGAAUAUGUUCUUCUCAGUUCAGAACGAGAAAAUAUCACGAAAGAUCAGGUUGUCAUUUUUCGACAUUUCUCGUGAUGAAUUUCUUGAUAUCGAGAUGCUUUCAUAUCCAGCACCAGAUGUUGAAUGGGAAUCACCAGAAGAACUGAACGAUUCUCCUUCAAUCAGGAAACACAUUUUGAACAUCUCAGGAACAUUCUAUGGUCAUAAAUGCAUCACAUUUCUUCAAUGCGUGAAUGAUUGUUUCAAGUUCGGUAAAUCAUCAUCUGUUGUCUAUGUCCAUGACGACAGUUCAGUUAAACCAUUCCUUGUUCAAUGCCAGUACUCACACGGUAUACUUACCAUUGUUUUGUUUUCUAUCGAAGAAGAGAACAACGUCUUAGUUCAUGCUAUGCAAGUUAUGAACGUGCUUGAUGGUGUGAACUGCACCGGACAUAUCUUCAUGUAUCGAUUCGUUCCUCAUAUCACAGCAGAUGGAAUUUUUGUUUCUCCUCCAUCAGGAAUGUAUCCUAUCCUCUUCUCCGAGUCAUCAUUCAGACACAUCUACAUGCCACACCAAGCGAACAUCCUUUCACAGCAGAUACAGACAGGACGUGUUGAGAUGGCCCUUCUUCUUAAGUACGACAUCCCUCGUUGGUACAUCGACAUCGGUGUUUGCAUCGGUGAAGAGUUCAAAGGUAUGUGUUUCCGUGUUCCUCCAAACGCUAUUUCAGAAGGUAAACUAAAUCGAUCUAAAGUCUUGAAGAGUGCUAAUAACUUGAUUAACUCAUUCUAUCAUCUUAACGAAGCGAUUUCAGACUGUGACAUCAGUGAAGCUCUUGAAUGUUUGAAUGAAAUCAAGAAGUUUUCAGGAAAAUAA